AUGUAUUGUGUGGAUCUCUACAGAAUGUGGAGUCCUAAUAUCAACGCAUGCCAAUAUGCGGACGAUCUUUGCAUUUAUACCACAGAUAAAUCAACAAAACUCGUAUUGCAGCAAUUAAAAGCUAAAUUCAAGAUCAUAAAAAGGUGGCUGUUUGAUAAUGGUUUCGAUCUAUCGGUGGAUAAGCUCCAAACGAUAUUUUUUUCACGGCAUCGAGAUUUGCCCACAGGCUCGCUAAGAUGGAUGGGGGUUGAACUUAAAAUAACUUCAGAAAUCUCUUACCUUGGUAUGAUUCUCGAUUCUAAAUUAAGGUGGAGACCGCAUAUAGAGAAGUUGAUAGGUAGAUGUGAAAGGGGCAUUAAUCUGAUUAGGAUGAUUUCCAGAGUUAAUUGGGGUGCCGACAUGCACUCUAACUUAAAGAUCUACAAAGCGUAUGUUAGAAGUCUGCUUGACUAUGGAUGUAUCUUGUAUGGCUGUGCCUCGAACUCAAAUUUAAAACGUCUGGACGCGGUAUCUAAUAAGGCACUACGUCUUUGCAUGGGGGCAAUGUGCUCUUGUCCAGGAGACGUAGUACAGGUGGAAGCACGGGAACCUCCACUGUCCAUCAGAAGAAACUUCCUGGCUUCUAAAUUCGUGUUGAAGUGCAAAUCUCAGAAUUCUAAGAUUUUACCAAAAUUAUCGGAGUUGGCUGUGCAAGAUUUGGUUAACCUGUAUUGGCGGUUAAAAAAUGCUCCCCCUUUGGCAACAGCAUCUAGAAAUCUGUCUGACAUCGCUAUCCUCCGUGAAGGCGCUAUCAGUAAAGACAUUAAUUACACCGACUAUAUUUCGGAGAUUCAAGUCACCUUCCCACCAUAUCAAGGUAUUUCGUCUUUGGAUAAUCUUCUACACCAGUCAAUUAUUAGAACACACCAACACGCUCUCUUUAUUUACACGGACGGUUCAAAGGGUGAGAAUGGCUGCGGUUGUGCUUACCUUAUACAACCCUCAGGACAACAGAACGUAUUUAAGUUGAAUGGGAACGCAUCUACUUUCACGGCGGAGGCAACAGCCAUUGCCUAUGCGUUAAGAGAAAUUCAUGUGGUAGUCACGAAAAAGCUUGUUGUGAUGAGCGACUCCCUUAGUGUACUAAAAGCUUUGGACAACAAAACUAAUUUUUACAGUACCAACCCGUAUAUCCUAGAUAUACUCACGAAUGUGGCCCGCCUCCGUAAAGAAGGUAUUGAAAUUUAUUUUUAUUGGAUUAAAGCUCACAUUGGGAUAAGCCACAACGAAACAGUGGACAAAUUGGCGAAAGGAGCUGUGGAGUCGGGAAUCAUUUUAAACAUCCCGCAGUCCAAACAGGAUGAAACGGCAUUCAUGAAGCAGCAAAUUCUUCGAACGCAAUGGGAAGCCGAGUGGAGAGAGCGAUGCCUUAGAAGACCCACGCAAUUUUAUCAAUCAAGCAUAGUCAGGCUAAAAACAGCGCACGGUAGAUUUCCAACACAUUUGCACAGAAUAAAUUUGAUUCCCUCGGCACAGUGCACGUUUUGUAAUUAUGAGGUAGCAGAUUUGAAUCAUUUAGUUCUCGCCUGUCCGCAGAAUACAAAUUACACGAAUAUCAUGAUGGAAGGCCUACUCAAGCUGGGGUUGACACACCCUCUCGAUGUACCAACAAUUCUAAGUACCAACGAUAAGGGAGUUUAUGACAUUUUAGUCCGUUUUGUAGCUGCAAGUAAACUACCGUUGUAA